AUGUCUCCAAAAAGGAUUCCUUCCGAGACCUCUCCGUUGCUGGGUCCCCAAAGCAAUGUCUCUACCACGGGGGCUAUCCCCAACAUUGGCCGUCAGGAUGUCGAGUCUGGCGAGCAGACUGUGCCGCCCCAGGGGGAGCAAGCCAAGGAUGCUUCCGAGGCGGGGAAGGGCCUGAGGUAUAUCAUUCCGGCUAUCUCUUUGGGAGUAUUCCUCUCCGCAGCCGACCAGACCAUCAUUAUGGCCAGUUAUGGGCAGAUCGGCAGUGACUUGGAGGCCCUCAAUCUGACCAGCUGGAUCGCCACCUCCUACUUUCUGACCCUGACGUCGUUUCAGCCGCUGUACGGCAAAUUGAGUGACAUCUUCGGUCGCAAAGCAUGUCUCUUAUUCGCAUAUGCCAUCUUCGGCAUCGGUUGCUUGUUCUGCGGUCUUGCGCAGAACAUUGAUCAGCUCAUCGCUGCACGCGUUUUCCAAGGUAUCGGUGGCGGCGGUAUGACCACCGUCGUGAGUAUCCUGAUGAGCGAUAUUGUUCCCCUCCGAGACCGGGGCGUUUGGCAGGGAGUGAUCAAUAUCAUCUAUGCGACGGGCUCCGGCAUAGGUGCCCCUCUUGGUGGUAUCUUAUCCGACUUCAUCGGCUGGCGAUGGGCUUUCAUCGCUCAAGUCCCCCUCUGCAUUCUCGCCUUCAUCGCCGUGACUGUCAUGCUCGACCUCCCCGCCCAGGAAGACAGCCACUGGAAAACGAAACUGCGCCGCAUCGACUUCCCCGGCGCCAUUGUCCUUGUCGGUGCAGUCUUUGGCUUCCUCCUUGGUCUGGACCGUGGCAGCAAUGUCUCCUGGACAAUGCCGAUUACCAUCGUUUCUCUGAGCGUCUCCACGGCUCUCUUCGCCCUCUUCAUCAUCAUAGAGGUCUUCUACGCGGCCGAACCCUUCGCCCCCGGCCAUAUCAUUUUCAACCGGACCUUCUUCGCCGCAUACGCAUGUAAUUUCUUCAGUUUCGGCGGCUGGCUCGCCGCCCUAUUCUACAUUCCUCUCUUCUUCCAAGCCGUAGACGGCGUCUCCGCCACCGUUGCUGGCGUGCGCCUUCUCCCCAGCAUUAUCUCCGGCGUCAGCGGCUCCCUCUUCGCCGGCUACAUCAUGAAAUGGACGGGCAAAUUCUACUGGCUCACCAUUGCCGCCUACACCGGCCUCACGAUAGGCCUUACCACCAUCUUCUUGGCCUCUGGCGCGGUCACCGAGAACACCACCAUCCUAGUACUAGGCAUGGUCGCCUGCGCCUUCGGAAACGGCAUCGGCGUGACCUCUACCUUGAUCAGUCUCAUCUCCAAUUCCACACCGGAAGACCAAGCUGUCGUCACAGCCUGCUCCUACCUCUUCCGCUCCCUCGGCUCCGUCAUCGGCCUCUCCCUCUCCUCAACAGUUGUUCAGCAACUCCUUCGCGAACGCCUGCACUUUGCCCUCCGUGACAGCAAAGACAUCGAUAAGAUCGUCGACGGCGUCCGUCAAAGUCUUGACUUCAUUAAGACGCUGGAUCCGACUACUGGGAAGAUUGUGCGUAGCUGUUAUGGCUGGGCCACGAAUAGGGGGUUCGCGUUCUUGGUCGGAGUUGUGUUUUGUGCGUUGCUUAGUAGUUUCUUUAUCAGGGAGAGGAAGUUGUCGAGGUAG